AAACCCUCUUCCGACCCCACCUACCUCCGCGGCACGCGCAGUCUCAACUAGUUCGGACUGGUAGAAGAAACUUCGUGUACUACUUUGUUCUUUCACGCUGUGAUUUUUUACGGUCAUACUUUAUAUUGCUGCAGCGCAUCUGUGCUGUAGAGACUUAUUAUUAUCUGUUACAUGUUGCGUUAAUUUCUUAAGCGUUUUAAGAAUGAGUGAAGCAGAAGAUGACAAUCCUGAGCUGGACUCAGAACCAGAGGAGGGAGACAUUGAGAUGUGUUUAAUAACUGAAGUGGAUUAUGUUCAACAGGUGCCAACAUACAGAUCUAGACCAGAUGGUGAAGUUGUGUCAAAAGUGGAACGGGCUGAUUUCAAUGGUAACCCAGACUCGCUGUUUUUCAACGACGGAAAGAGAAGGAUUGACUUGGUUUUGGUCUAUGAGGACGAGUCUAAAAAUGCAUCAGUGAAAAAAGGCUCAGUUUAUAGGAGAAGACGUAAACGAAGAGAGUGUUUUGAAGGAAACCUGAUGGAGAUUGGUGUGGAAUUGGAGGCGACACAAUCCGUGAUAGAUGAGAAACUUUUCUAUGUGAAAGUACACAUGCCUUUUGAUGUGCUGUGUUUUUACGCUGAAGUCCUGCAUAUCAAACUGCCCAUCCAGCCCAAUGAUCUGGCCCCACAAUCAUCAGCGUACAACUGCUUCACCAAGUACUUUUACCCCAGUGAGGACGUCAUUGCCAAGGAGGCAGACUUCUUCACGGCCCCCUUCAAGAAGGAUCAGCUGAGCUGUUUUUAUGAGAAGGACAAAGAGAAGUUCUUCACACCUGCCAUGAGGAGCAGAAUGGCGUACUACGUCCUCAACCGAGCUUCGUAUGAAGUCAAAGGAAACAUGAAGAAGUUUGGCUUCUCCAAACUGCUCAGCGGAGGCGUGUACAAAGAUGCGUAUCCAUUACAUGAUUGCAGAUUUAAUGUGAAAUCUAAAGAGCCCAAUUGCCCCAAUGAACGAUUUCUGCUUUACAACGAGUGGGCGAAUCCCAAGAACUUCUACAAGAUGCAGCCGCUGGACCUGAUCAGGAAGUAUUUCGGCGAGAAGAUAGGCAUUUAUUUUGCCUGGUUGGGUUUCUACACAUUCAUGUUGUCCCUCGCUGCUGCAGUCGGCCUCGGCUGUUUCAUAUACGGAUACAAAACCAGAGAGAGCAGCACAUGGAGCAAAGAGGUGUGCGACCCUCAGAUCGGUGGACAAAUUGUCAUGUGCCCACAGUGUGAUCAGGACUGUCCGUACUGGAGGCUGAACAUCACGUGCGAGUCAUCUAAAAGACUGUGUGUGUUUGAUAACUAUGGGACAUUAGUGUUUGCUGUUUUCAUGUCUGUUUGGGUGACACUGUUUUUGGAGUUCUGGAAACGAUACCAGGCCGUCCUGGAGCAUGAUUGGGACACAGUGGAGUUUCUUCAGCAGGAGGAACAGCCACGACCCGAGUACGAGGCCAAAUGCAUCCAUGAAAGAACGAACCCUGUUACACAGAAAACAGAGAAGGUGCCAUACACGGCCUGUGGGAAGUGCAUGAGAGUGUCAUGUGGCAUUGGCACUGUGUUAUUCUGGAUUCUGUUGAUUAUAGCAUCAGGGGUCGGGGUGAUCGUGUAUCGAUUGGCGAUGUUUAUCACUUUUUCUACAAAUCUGCGCUCUGGUAGCAAAGAGCUGGAACCGUUCAAAGAGUACGUCACCCCUCAGAUGGCCACUUCCAUCACAGCCUCCGUCAUCAGCUUCAUCAUCAUCAUGAUUCUCAACAACGUCUAUGAAAAAGUGGCCAUCUGGAUCACAGAUUUCGAGCUGCCGCGGACCAAAACGGAGUACGAGAACAGCCUGACACUGAAGAUGUUCCUCUUUCAGUUUGUGAACUAUUACUCGUCCUGUUUCUACAUCGCUUUCUUCAAAGGGAAGGUGGUGGGCUAUCCGGGACAGCCUGUCUACUGGUUUGGGAAAUUCCGCAAUGAAGAGUGUGAUCCUGGCGGCUGCCUGACUGAGCUGACCACACAGCUGUCAAUCAUCAUGACUGGAAAGGCCAUCUGGAACAACAUACAGGAAGUCCUACUGCCGUGGGUGAAGAAUCUGAUAUUUCGUCAUUGCACCAAGGUGGGUUCAGAAAAAGUGAUUCCUCGCUGGGAACAGGACUAUCAACUCCAGCCAUUAGGAAAACUCGGCCUGUUUUAUGAAUACCUGGAGAUGGUGAUCCAGUUUGGUUUUGUGACUCUGUUUGUGGCGUCUUUCCCGUUGGCCCCUCUCCUGGCGCUGAUCAACAAUCUGUGUGAAAUCCGUGUGGACGCCUGGAAAAUCACUACUCAGUUCCGUCGGAUAGUUCCGGAAAAGGCCCAGGACAUUGGAGCCUGGCAGCCCAUCCUACAGGGGGUGGCGAUUCUAGCAGUGGCCACAAAUGCUGCCAUUAUUGCCUUCACUUCGGACAUGAUUCCUCGGCUGGUUUAUUACUGGGCGUUUUCCGUGAGCCCUUAUACAGACAGAUCAAACCACACCAUGACGGGCUUCAUCAACAGCUCACUGUCCGUUUUCAACAUUAAUGACUUCAGCAACAAGAGCAAACCUCACAUCACAAUGCACUGGUUCAGCAACAUCACAACAUGCCGGUAUCGGGAUUUCAGGAAUCCUCCUGGUCAUCAUAAUGAAUAUGAGUUCAGCAUAUAUUAUUGGCACGUCAUUGCUGCCAAACUGGCUUUUAUGAUUGUGGUUGAGCACAUUGUUUAUUUCACAAAGUUCAUGCUGUCCUAUAUAAUACCGGAUGUGCCGGAAGCGCUGAAAGAACAGAUCAAACGGGAGCGUUACCUGACGCAGAAGAUCCUGUAUGAAACCAACAUCAAAAAGUUUACGGAGUUCAUCAAACCUGUGGCUGAGAAGCUUCAGGACCAGGUUGAAGAGCCAGAGUUGGACCUGAAACUGUGAAGACUUACAGAUAUCGUCCUUAAUCCCUGUACCACACCUCGUAUUCAGACCCAUGUGUCUUAAACCUCAAACAAACAAGGUCAAGAAUGUUUGCAUAGUCAUUUUUGUUUUUAGCAGAAACAGUGUAUAAUAUGUGGGGUGAAAUAUGCCUUAAAAACAGGUUCUGUGUGGAUCUGGAUUCAGCCCACAUCUUUAAACCACUAGUACUUUAAUAUUUUCAGAAAUUGAGUGAGAUACAUGAGCUUUUGCUCUGACAAUCCAUGCAAUGCAUAUUGUUGCAGAUGUUACUGAUGUAUUAUAUAUUAUGAAAACAAGUAUGUGAUCUUUAUCACUUGUUAUUGAACUAAUUGUUCAAAAUCUGGUAUAAAACAAUGAAAGAUAUUUUUUAAAGGAUUUAAAUGACUAUCAAGUAUUAUGUUGGCAAAUCAAGUUUUUUAUGUGAGGUUUAUACAUCAAAUAAAAUAAACAGAGCACUUGAUGCUUUUUAAAUUAUACUAACAAGAAAGUGCCUUAAUGCUACUAUGGUAAAACUAUGUUUUUGGAUAUGUGGAGUACUAUAUGAAUAUGGUGUUUAUACAUAAUGUCAGUCAUACAUGUGACUGUGAGCAUAAGAUGCCAUAAAUUAACAUUUUUAAUUAUAACUGUUUUAGCCAAGCUAACAUGUCUGUCAUGCUCUGUAUGUUUGUGAAUAUUCCUUUUGUUUGUUGAUACGUAUGUUUGCACAUAUAUUGACAAUAGCAUUUUUAUUUAAAAAAUAAAUUGUUAUACAAUGUU